AUGCACUCGACUCUCCGAUCCGCCACGGGCCGCACGCGCCUUGAGGCGCAGCGCACACGCGACGCAGUGGCGAGCUGCAUUCGACACUUUUCCGCGUCGGGCUUCUUCGCCGAGGAGAACGGCAGCGGCAGCAAGCCGCAGCAGCAGCAGCAGAACAACAACAACAACAACGUCAACAAGCCCGUGGACGGCCGCUCGCGGUCGAGGGCCGCGGCGAGCGAGAUCAGCAGCCUCCUUCGCGGCACAUCGGCGUCGUCGGGGGCCCGCGGCGGGCGCGGCGGUCUCGACGACGCGCGGAGCUUCCGCGGACGGGGCGUCGAGCGCAAGACGCCGCUGAACGUCAUUGGGCUGCGGAGCGUGCCGAGGGAGGGCGGCGCGGGCGUCGUGCAG